GAAAGAUGAAGCUUAUCAAAGAACCGAUUACACGGAAUACAGCUACAUUCUUCAAUUAAACAGAGAAAUGAAUCCCCAAACAUAAACCUUCCCAACUAACUCCAUUCAACCCGAAAUACCCCACCGCACAAUGCCUCGCCAUCACCAUCUCCUCCGCCGGCACCCCGCUGCUCCAGAAGAAUCACCCUCUGAGUCCACUCAACCACGCCCAAGUAGGUCACGACUGGGCCAACAUGCAGCGGCACAGUCCCAAUUCCAGACACCGCCGUCGCAAGGCAUCCCCCAGCUACAUCCCUCAUCGGGGCCCAUCGAGCCAGUCGAACCAGCCCAUCCAGCCGCCGCCGCCCAGGCGGCUCUCUUCUCCUUAUUUGGCCGAGGAGUCGCAGGACGUCCACGGGCACAGAUGAUGGAAGAUGACGAGGAAGAAGACGACAGUCAAUUCGAAGACGAAUACGAGCACGAUGAAUACAACUCCCAAGAGAACGCAGACCAUGAAGCCCAACUCUCCGAAGAGGACAUGGAGGGGAUGGUCGAGGACGACCUAGAAGUAAUAGACGAGGACGAAGACGAGAUCAUGCACGAUCGAGCAAGAUCGCCAUCCCCGCUCCCCAGCAAUCUGCGAGAAAUAUCCUCACUCGCCUCGUGGACCGUCUCAACUCACAAACCCGGUUGCGGCGUUUCGGCCCUGCGACACCCCUCACCGACACAAUAUUGGCAAUCUGACGGCCCCCAGCCGCACACGCUUACUCUGCACUUCUUCAAGCUGGUGGCGGUGGUCAAAAUCCGCGUAUACCUCGACUUUGACCUGGAUGAGAGUUACACACCCACGAAGAUGACGUUUCUUGCCGGCAUGGGCGGGAACGAUCUCGUUGAGUUUGCGACGUGGGAAGACGAGACGCCGUGUGGGUGGGUCGAUGUACCGCUAGAGGGCGUGGGCGGACGGGACGGAGGAUGGGUGCGGAAGAAGCGACGGAAUCGAGCGCGGAAAGGCGGGAAGGGGAAGUCCUCGGCGUGGCCGGACUACAUGUUUUCUGAUACGGAGAAUCCGGCGGAGUUCAACCUGGCUGCGUACGAAGAUGACGAUGAGGAGACUGCCAUCGAAGAUGACGAAGAUGAUCCGUACGCGGGGAGUGUGCUCAAGGCGAUGGUGAUCCAGAUGCGUGUGAUGGAGAAUCAUCAGAAUGGUAAGGAUACCCAUGUGCGCGGAUUCCAGGUCUUUGCGCGGGACGACGAGCGUCGACGGAUUGGCAAUGCGCCGUCUGCUUCUGCUGAUGGGCGGAUCCGGAGGCAUAGUAUGCGGAAGUCGCUUCGUGGUGCGGCGGAUGAUGGGACGGACGGGCAUGGUAUCCAUGGGGAUGCGAACCCGGAAAAGGUCGCUGCGCUAGAAGAGCCCGAUUGGAUGGGGGAGCCUGUUAUUCGGUAGGGAGCGAGAAGCGCAUUGCUGCUGGGGAUUUUUGCUGGCCCUGGUUGUUUUAUGGGUGGUGGUCCCAUAUAUAGGUAUGGAUCACGGGCAUGGGAGCAUCAAGGCUAGGUUAGUAUUCGGAGUUCCGGUUGUUUAGAUACCCAUCUUUCGUUGUAUCGGUUCCAUGGUGCAUUGGAGGGCAUUAAACUCGGCAUUACAAAUUAUACGGAUUAUGUUCAAGGAGCAUCGAG